UUUUUUUCUAAAAGCGGUCUAACCUGUUGAGUCUUGUCGCACUCAAAGCGCCGCGGUCCGAGCGCGCACAGAGGAGAGAAGUCGUUACCGUUCACCCACGUGUCCCUCCGCCCGUGAGAAAUAUUUUUCUGUUUUUCUCUGCCUAACUACGAGUCAGGAUGUCCGCAAAUCUGAAGAUGACAAAGAUCUGCGCUUUGGUGCUGAUGACACUCAUAUCAUUAGUGUUUGCAGACGAGAAUGCAAAGGAUGACCCCUUCAACUUUGACUACCACAGACUGCGAGUCGGCGGCCUCAUUCUUGCUGCAGUUCUUUGUCUCAUUGGCAUCACUAUCCUGCUAAGUGGCCACUGCAGGUGCAAGUUCAACCAGGACAAGAGGAGGAGGACAGGAAGCAAUGCCCAGGCAAUGCUCACUGAUGAAGGUCGAGCCUGCAACUGCUAAGCUCCAACAGUCAACAUCACCUUCUCAAACGUGCAACGGACAGAAAACAGAAGAACAGCCGCCAGAUUCAUCUGACCGGACAAGACGCUUUUUGUUCUUAUGCGAAGUCAAACACAAAGUAGACGGCUCGCGCCUGAUCUAUGGUGUGGAGCUAAAAAGUCAGCUUCUCAUCUGCAGCCUGUACCUCUAUGCGUACGGAUGCAGCCCCUUACAAAUGCAUUUUCAGCUUUUAAACUAGUUUUGAAUCCUCCUACCUCCUAGAACCACGUAAGAAAAAGCAGCAGAGCUGGAUGAGGUUUAUCUUGAACCAGUCAGCAAAUUUAAAUCCAUUUGCAAUCUUCACAUGUGAGUCUGUUACUUUCAUGAGUUGAACUCUGGCAGAACAUUGAGAAAUCUGGACUUUUAACCAUUUUUGGCCCAAACGUUUGAUUCCAGAAAAGAUGAAGUGAAAGGGAUUUUAAAAAAAGGACUAUAACCAAAAAUGACCUUUAAUAUCUACACACUGUAGCUUUGUCUGACAUGCCUUCCUUUCUCAUAUAGUCUACAUUUAAAGUAAACAUCAGUGUAGAUAAUAGUCUCCCGCCUGACCAGCUUUAACCUUUUUUUAAUGUCUUCACUUCAUGUCAUAAAUAUCGACUUCCUGUAGUUGUGAGGGAUUAGAUUGAUGUUGGUGUUUAUUCAUUUACGUGUUUAGCUUUAUGGAGGAGUGUACUGAACUGUAUUGUGCUGAUUUGUUGCUAUAAAGGAAAUGUAACAUUUAGGAGAAUGGGUCUCACUGUAAGAUCUGUGUAGAUGGAUGUAUUGCACUACUCUGACUUGAGUAAUAUACAUUUUUAAUAAACACUAAAAUUCUA